AUGGCGAACACCUACUCUGGGCACCAGAACGGCCUCUCCGGUGAUGUGGGAGGCCACGACUCGAAGAACAAUGUGACGCGAGCAUUCACUCUCCAGGAGGCUCUCCCCUAUUCUCCGCAAACCUCCAUAUUACCGUUCACACCAGACCUUAUCCCUGACCCGAUUAUUGGCUCUGGAAUGCUCGGAGCUGGACUUGCCGAUGUGGUUCUGCGCGACGAGUUUGACAAUCUCAACCGAAGCGCCGAUGCGCAAACAUCAAACCGAAAACAUGUCAAGCAGGUUGCCGACCUUUUAAUUCACGAGAUAAAGCCGAAGGAGCGAACGGAUUACAAAUUCAGGAUGAUACCACGAGUUCCUGGGGCUGUCGGCGUGGAGCGCAAUCCUGCUGAUGGGCUAUCACCGCUAGCAAAGGCCAUCUUCGAUCGGUCUCCGAAACUCCUCGAGAAGCCUGGCCUCACCGUCGAUCUUGGUUCCAACUUGUUCAACAAGGAUGAAUACAUAGAGAUGGACAUUCCUGAUUCGCCCGAUGCCCCGGCCCAUCUUUCGACCAAGAAGCGAAAGAGGGAUGACAUGUUGGAUGGAGAUGACCUUCUUGGAAUCAAUAUUGACCAGAGAGAGCGUGCGGAUGCUGCCCUGCAAGACCUCAUGAAGAUUACGCACGAGGUUUUCACCUCUGUCGGGCAGGCACUUUCGGGCGAGAUGGGCCUCAACCACGUCGUCGUGCUUAACGAAUCCAAUGAGCCGACCCUAACUUCUUCCAUGCAUCAAAAGCUUCAGUCCGCGAUCCAAAAGCCAUCGGUCUCGAAACUUUGCGAAGGAAGCAUUAAAGAUACCGGACACCUCGAUCUCAAGAUCGACGACACGUGGGGCGAGCCAGAAAUUGCCGCUUGGGUUUACCGCAUUCCCGAGAUUGAAACUGCUCUCAAGGCAGCACGGACAGCCCUGCGCAUCAUGUCGGGUGGUAGAGAGGACAAGCGACUCUAUUCUGAAGGAAUGAUACAGCAAUGCCUUGACUUAUUCAAGCGUGUUAUGGACGGAAUCGUCGUCCCCAUUGUGGAAAUUCGCAACUCGGGCCCGCCUGGGGUCAUGUUCAAGCUUCUUCUCCCACACAAGAAGGCACUCGCACCAAUCUUUACAAACAGCCAACGUCUAUUCGCGUUACUGUCAACGUUGGUCACUAGCAUCGAGCUUUCGGAGUCCGUCAUCAACACGCUCGAAUUCACGGCGACCCAGCUCCUCUUCGUCGAAAAUGCCCACUAUGAAAAGGAUUCGGUUAUUGGCGUGCAAAGGUUCGAUGGUCUUCGGCUCGUUGCGAUGGAUAUGCUUUGCCAGAUAUUCCUGAUGAAUCCCGGCCAACGACAGGGCAUCUUUGACGAGAUCUUGACAUCUCUCGAAAAGCUACCCGUGGGCAAACAAAGUGCGCGACAUUUCAAGCUUGCCGAUGGGGGUAGCAUCCAACCCGUAUCUGCUCUGAUCAUGAGAUUGGUCCAGGUCAGUGCCGGUAAGCUGGAGGAGGAAAAGGGACGUAGGCGCAACGUCGCGCAAGAGUCCGACGACGAAGAACCGGGCGAGGCCGAAAGCCCUCAGGAGGCCAGCACCGGGGCUCGUCUUAUGUAUACGAUCAAGAGCGAAGAUGGCGGAUGUGAACAAUUCGAUACCGCUAUCAAGGAGCUUAGUGAUACGGUCACUCCUCUGAUCGAGACUACGAAACGUAAUGCGAGCUACGUGGUGGGCUUCAUCAUCAACCGGGCACUCAAGUCUACCAAAUCGGGCGACACUCCCUAUCGGAACCUGCUUGACCUCUUUGUUGAGGACUUUACGACUUGUCUCGACUCCCCAGACUGGCCUGCGGCCGAAAUCUUGUUGCGAUUCAUGAUGAUUCGGAUGGUACAGCUUUCAGAGGGCGAGAAGACGGCAGCUCCAGCAAAGAAUAUGGCUCUCGAUGUUCUUGGCACUAUGGGUGCUGCGAUUUCUAGGCUACGCUCAACCGUUCGCAAAGCCGCCAGCACACUGGAUGCGGGUGAUUCGGACGAUCUUGGGCGCUUCUUGGCUGAGCUGGCGACAUCUGCCUUGGAACAGCGGUCACGGGUUGAGUAUGCUGUUUCGUGGUCUGGACCCUACCGCGUUACCCUUGAGCAUCUGGAAGAGAGGUGUUCCAACGAUCCCCAUCUGAGGGGAUCUAUAUCGCUGGUGAUGUCGGAUUGGGCGAGCAAAAUCUGCACCGGGUUCGAGUCUCUAGAAGGCCGAGAGCAAGAGAGGGAUAUGGAGUUUGGCCGCCUUGCUUACCGACUUCGAAUGAUGUUGGGGGACAAGCGGUGGAUGUCGGAUGAGUACACCUUUAAAACCGUAUCCCCACCCACUCCAAGCUUGCCUACGCCGUUGUGCUACUCCGAUCCCAAGUCUGAAAAGCGUGAACCAGUGUUCCAGCGACUCCUCCCCCAGGUGCGAGAUUCGGCCCUGGGCCUAAUCGGCAAAUGCAUGUCAAUGCGACCGCACUUGGAAGAGCAACUUACACCUCGAGUUGUUGAUCGAUUCAUGGAUGCCGGAAUCGGCCCCCGUAAGAGGGCGAUGAAGCUUGCACGAGACAUCUACCUGCGCAACAAGAGCAGAUCAAUCCGGGUGACGAUCGCAAGCGGACUGUUGCUGCGAGUGCAAGAUCCCGACGAGGGCGUAAGAGACCUCGCCCGCCAAAUGAUUGAAGAAAUUUGGUUUGCGCCGUUCUAUAGCAACUCGGAAGACACACCCGCCUUCCAAGCAUCGUUGACGGAUCACGUUAGCCUCAUGAUUCAAGUGAGCAAGGCGGGGCAUGCCUCUGCCGUCCUAGAUAAAGUCCUGCAGUCCAUCCUCGGUCCUCAGACCAAGCCCGCUGAAGGACCAUUCUCAGUUUGCACCAAACUCGUGGCUACUAUGUUCGAGCUGAUCAACACUCUUGAUUCGGACGAUCCGACAAUACCCUCUGGCCGAGACGCGCUGCAGGUGUUGAUGACUUUUGCAAAGGCCGAACCAAAACUGUUCACUUUUGAGCAGAUCAAGCUUCUCAAGCCUCACCUCUCGAGUUUUACGACUGUGGAGGAUCUCCACGUAUUCCGUGCUACAGUCGUCAUCUAUCGACGCGUUCUCCCGCAGCUUUCGGCCGUCUAUACCCAGUUUUUAUGGAGUCUAGUGGGUAUCCAAAAGCUUCGACAGGUACCGCUCAACGCACAGAGUAUCAAAGUCUUCCAGCGCUAUUCGGUCAUCGUUGGCAUGAUUGGAAAGCACUGCGACUUGGACAGCCAGGCGAACCUGUUUAGAGAGAAAUUCCCCAAAUGGAAAGGCAAGACGGUGCCCAGUCUCAUGGUCGACUGCCUUCUUCCCUUUGCAACCCCGACCGCCCUGAAGAUGCCAGGAAAGCGGCCCUCGAUGCCAUUGGUCUUGUCCGAGGCCGCUUCGGCCGCGGCCGCAGCCGGCAACAGUGAAGCGGAGAAGAAGCGUGAGCUCACUGUGAUGGGUGGCACCAACUAUGAUGAUGUUGCUAGCGCGACUACGCAGCGGUUCCUAAAGGAACUGACGCGUAUCUCCCUUGCGUCCCAAGAUGACCAUGCGUUCCUAGCAAUUGAAGUGCUAGGUAGCAUCAACAGGCAAGGUCUUGUUCAUCCCAAGGAAACCGGUGUUGCUCUCAUCACCCUACAGACAUCAUCCAACCCGAAGAUUGCUGAGAUUGCGUACCAGGAGUACAAGGCUCUCCAUGAAAAGCAUGAGACCGUGCUCGAAAGGGAAUACGCCAAGGCUGUCCAAUCUGCUUUCGCGUACCAGCGUGACAUCGCCAAAGAUGUGCGUGGCGCUACGACGAAUCCAUUCCAGGCCAAACUUCACUUGUUGAUGGAGAUCCUCAAGAUCAGCAAAUCAAAGAAUCGUCAAAGAUUUCUGGAAAAGCUGUGCCAGCAGGUUGAUUUUGACUUCACAAAGAUGGAUGUGCAACCUCACCUUUUUGAAUACGUCACCGUGGGUGAAGUCUUGACAACUGUCGCAACAAUGGAGAAGAUCGUCUCGGGGACAGGCGCGGCGAUUGCGCACGUCAUUGAAACGGAGAUUUUCAACGUUCGCAUGGAUCUAGACCCGGCCCCUUCGUCACUACCCGCGGGCGCUGACGGUGAACUCGAAAGCGCGCCUACGCAGCCGGCGCUGCCGAAACUCGACAUAGACCCAAGGAGAUUACGGCAGCUCAGUGCGGGCGCUAUGAUACUUCUCUGCCUGUGGGAAGCCCGUACCUAUCUUCGACGCCUUUACGGCCUCGGCACGCAGCGGCGCGACCCCAAGGCGAAGGCCGCGGCCAAGGACAUGUCCAAGUCCCCCGUCAAAGUCCAAGGUAUCACGGGCGACAAGGUGUGGGAGGAGAUUGCUUCCCACAUGACGGGCUUUGACUCCCAGGAAACAAUGUUGCGCAAGUGCCGCGCUUUUGUCGACCUCCUCAACGUUGACAACGAAUUCAAGAUUGCGGAAGAGGAUGAUGAGAUGGAGGGCGACAUGGCCACCCCGAGCGGCGAUGAGGAUGAAGGAGCAGCGCCUGACAGGGGCCGGAAACGUAAGGGCACCGGCACACCUGGCAACAGGAAGAAACGCGCUCGAUCGACAUCCAGGCCACGACCCAGGGGCCGGCCUCGUAAACAGAGCAUGGAAGCCGAUGCUGAUGGAGAUGCCGAACCGGACUGGUUCUAG